AUGGCAGCCUGGACUCUUUGGAUAGUCCUGAUGUGUGUGGUCCUCACUGGGCAAGGGUCAAAGGCUCAGGACUGUGGUGUGGCACCGCUAAACACAAGGAUAGUGGGUGGUGUGAACGUGAAAGCUGGUUCAUGGCCCUGGCAAGUCAGCGUGCACAUUUCCAGAUCUCAUGUCUGUGGAGGGACCCUCAUCAGUGACCAGUGGGUCCUCACAGCAGCCCACUGCAUCCUAAUAAACAAAACUAGCGUCUGGACUCUCUACUGUGGAAAAUUGACUCAGAGUGGCCCUAAUGCUAAUCAGGUGACCCGCACUGUGUCCCAAAUCAUCGUCCAUCCUAACUACAACAACGCUUUGUUCAACAAUGAGGGGACUCUGGUGGACCUUUGCAAUGCAAACAAGGCUCAGUGUGGAUCCAGGCUGGCAUCACCAGCUAUGGAGUACCUUGUGCCACAGCUGGAUUUCCUGAAGUUUAUACCCGAGUGUCUCAGUUCCACGCUUGUAUCAAAGAUCAAGUGGCUGUAG